AUGAUCAUGAGCUCGUAUUUGAUGGACUCUAACUACAUCGAUCCGAAAUUUCCUCCAUGCGAAGAAUAUUCGCAAAAUAGCUACAUCCCUGAACACAGUCCGGAAUAUUACGGCCGGACCAGGGAAUCGGGAUUCCAGCAUCACCACCAGGAGCUGUACCCACCACCGCCUCCGCGCCCUAGCUACCCAGAGCGUCAGUAUAGCUGCACCAGUCUCCAGGGGCCCGGCAAUUCGCGAGCCCACGGGCCGGCCCAAGCGGGCCACCACCACCCAGAGAAAUCGCAGCAGCUCUGCGAGCCGGCGCCUCUCGCAGGCGCCUCUGCCUCCCCGUCCCCAGCCCCGCCAGCCUGCAGCCAGCCAACCCCCGACCAUCCCUCCAGCGUCGCCAGCAAGCAGCCCAUAGUCUACCCUUGGAUGAAAAAAAUUCACGUUAGCACGGUGAACCCCAAUUAUAACGGAGGGGAGCCCAAGCGCUCGAGGACAGCUUACACCCGGCAGCAGGUCCUGGAAUUAGAGAAAGAGUUUCAUUACAACCGCUACCUGACCCGAAGAAGAAGGAUCGAGAUCGCCCAUUCGCUGUGCCUCUCUGAGAGGCAGAUUAAAAUCUGGUUCCAAAACCGACGCAUGAAAUGGAAGAAGGACCACCGACUCCCCAACACCAAAGUGAGGUCAGCGCCCCCGGCAGGCGCUGCGCCCAGCACCCUCCCGGCAGCCACCCCUGGUACUUCUGAAGACCACUCCCAGAGCGCCACGCCGCCGGAGCAGCAACGGGCAGAGGACAUUACCAGGUUAUAAAACAUAACUUACACCCCUGCCCCCACCCUGUG